AUGCUUCUACUUCUUUCCUCUUUCCAAUUGCUAACAACAGUUUUUUUUCUUCAAUUGAGACAUGCUUCUACUACUUCUUUCCUCUUUCCAAUUGCUAACAACAGUUUCCUUCUUCAAUUGAGACAUGCUUUCCUACUACUUCUUUCCUCUUUCCAAUUGCUAACAACAUUCCUUCUUCAAUUGAGGCAUGCUUACUUUUUCCUCUUUCCAAUUGCUAACAACAGUUUUCCUUCUUCAAUUGAGACAUGCUUCUACUACUUCUUUUUCCUCUUUCCAAUUGCUAACAACAGUUUUCUUCUUCAAUUGAGACAUGCUUGUACUACUUCUUUCCUCUUUCCAAUUGCUAACAACAGUUUCCUUCUUCAAUUGAGACAUGCUUCUACUACUUCUUUCCUCUUUCCAAUUGCUAACAACAGUUUCCUUCUUCAAUUGAGGCAUGCUUGUACUACUUAUUUCCUCUUUCCAAUUUCCUUCUUCAAUUGA